AUGGCAGAUCCCAAUUCGAACAGCCUGCACAAACUCCUUUCGACGCGGCACUUGUCAACGAAUGCACCGUCUCCAACUACAAGCGCAACGGCUCAUACACCAGAUACGGCUCCUGCAUUCUUGUACACUCAGCAAGACUCCAAUGCCAUCGAUUUUGACGACUUCGAGGCUGCCGACUGGCCAGAUCAGGCAAAGUUAUGUGGUCUUCUAUCUUGGGAGCGCCUCGACUGUCUUUACGCUGGCGUCAAUCAUAGGUCAAGUUGA